AUGUCUCCCUCUCCGUCUCUUCGUGAAAGGCCUCGGGCGUUGAAAUCCCAAUCUAUGCCAUUGGUGCCAUCCAUAGCCAACUUUAACACCCCACAGAGCGCACAGCAGCAGCCCAGCCCUACUAUACCUAACAAUGGUAUGAGGCGCACCCCACCGCCUGGUCAGGUCUCCAGGCUGCUCCCAACCCCACCCCAUCCGAACCCGCCCAAUUUCUCCGAAGAGCAGUCACAUUAUCCUCGACCUCCCCUAAGAGCGCCCAUCGCAGGGUAUCCAAACAAAUUCCAAGAACUGGAGUCGCAGAUGACCCCAGAGUUCUUCGCUGAUAUCGAUCGUGCCGCCGAGCAGCAGCAAGCACAAUAUCAAUCGAGCCAGCAAGUUCAUUCAUUCCCGCGCAGCGAGUCACCUAAGCAGGCCAAUCCGGAUCGGGCUAGGGUGCCUACUGAAGGAUCUAGCCCGUCGAUCCCAGACUCUGUGAGUCGCGCACGUCGAGAGCAGCUUGCUCGCGAGGCUCCACAGACAAGGCAGAACUCGUCUCCCAUCGCAUCCUCGUUUGUGCAGGCAUCCUCACACACACCAGAACGGCGAAUGUCUCCUGCGCAGCAUUCGCCCGUUAUCAAAACCAACGAGCCGCAUCCGGGAAGCUAUCUCGCGGCUUACAAUGCCCGGGAGGCGUCAGCAACCGCACGUCGAGCGUCAAAUGCGGAUAGCCGUUUGAAUGUGACGAUGCCGAGUUUUUCUCCGCCCUUGCAGACCAUUGCGACCCGUACACCUGAUCGAUCUCUCCCAGUGCAGGAAGAGGAUGAAGUGCUGUCCAAAAACGGCACCGGAUGGAAAGUUAGCACCGAGACCAAUGAAGAGCCAUAUCGAUCUCCCUCUCCCACCUCUUCGUCGGAUAUCCAAACUCCUGACCCUGGGUCCAAUCAACGCUUCGAUGCUUCAAACGUCUAUCGCGACGAGGAGAAGGGAAGCAAGAAGCUCGACGAGUCGCAUGCACAAUUUGUCGAACGAGAUAGUACGGAAGACGAUGCUAGCUACACACCAAGGUCACCAGCUACUGGACUGCCUGAAGACAAUCGUGAUAUAUACUAUCCUGGCCAGACUAUUCCUGUUAGAGUUCCAGCUCCUGUCCUUCCCAAAGGUAAAGCCAGAAAUGGCCCUUCGGACCAUGUCAUGCGUGGAUUGGAAACGACUCUUUUAGAGCAACAACCUCCACAACAGCAGCAGCAGCAACAGCAAGUGCCUCAACAAGCUUCUGCUGCCCAAGCACCGCCCCAACAAUCUCAAAAUACAGAACGCUCCACGCAAAAUAUUGAUCAGCAUAAGCAGCCUGAGCAAGACCAUCAUCAGUACCAGGAUUAUCCUCCUGAAUCCUUUUAUGGGGUUGGAUCUAUACCGUCUAAUGCUCGAUACAUUCCUGCACCCCAGGUCUAUCCUGAUGAUUUCCAAGGUUACACUGACGACUACCUGCACUAUCUCAAUUCACCCCGCCCUGAUGCUCCUGUCCCUCCCACUCCUCACAGUCAGUCCACAGCGCCAUCUCCUUCCCCGCUGCUCCAUGUUUAUAAUAAUGGGGGUACGUAUAGACCUGCACGUGCCGCCGGUUCUCCUUACCCUUACCCCUACGAUCAUGUUUUGCGCAACCGUCAUAUCCCACCAAGCCAGCGCUUCUUCCCAAAUGGCAUCGAUCAAUCGACCAUCACCGAUAAAGUCGCGCGGCAGUGGCAAAUAUACGCGCAGAACAACCACGGGGCUGUCACCGACUCGACACUCUCCCCUUCUGCAACGCCAUUCCGUCCCAACACCGACAGCCGGUACGACGAGUGGGCGAUCUUGCACACGACGCGCAUGAUGCGCCAGAACACGCUGGCGAUGUUGCCGCGCGUGGGUGACCGUGAUGGCGCGACGAGCGCGCUGGGGGACAAUGCGAGCAUCCGGUCGAGCCCGAGCCAUCAGCCGAUAGUGCUGCCCGUCCCGCCUAGUUUCACGAUGAGGAAGAAGGAUCGGGAUCGGGCGAUGCAUGCUCGGAGGCAGGCGUAUGCGCGCAAACCCCCGCCGCGUGUGGAGAGCACACAACCGCGGGAGACUAGUCCCGAGUUGUCGUCGUCUGGUGAAGAGACGGCGGGUGAGGAUAGAUACUCGGUUGUGGCCCCGCAACUGGGAAUAACUAUAAACAAGGACAAUGUCGUGAACGAUCCGCUACCAUUCCCGGUGUCUGCCAUGACGCCUCCUGUCAACGAUGAGGAUGAUGCUGGUGAAUGGAUUGAUGAGGACGACGACGACGACUAUGAAGAUCUUAUAGAUCUAGAAUAUCAUCCUACUUUUGUUAAGAACAUAACUAAACGGCGCAGAAAGUGGGAGGUGGGCUGGGAAAACCUUAUUCAAGCUUUCCAAGCUCUAGAUCGCCAGACUGACGCGACGAUGAUUUUAUUAGCUUCACCUUCUCAUACUACAAAAUUACACGCACUUAAGUCACGAUCAAUUCGCAGACAUCCCAAUCUUGCAAACUCAACCAGCAUAAAAGACAUACGCGCCGGAUUUGCCCGCGUCGCGGCACAAAGAAGGCUAACGCGUCCCGACAAAUCGUCCUUGGUCGACAGACUCCUCCACUCGGCUUCUAGCUCUUCAGGUACCGGAGACGGAUCUGACGGCAGCAGCUCGGGAUCAGUGGAGGAAAAUCUGAAACGGGCGUUGGACGCAGCGCUCGGCAGCCUUAGUGCUAUGGGAGAGGUGUAUGAGCAACGAGAGGCGAGGGUGAUGGAAGAGCUUCGGAGGUCGAGGGAAGAUCGUGAGCGAGUGGAGUUGCUUCUUCGACAAGUCCUCGGUGACAAACACCCCUUCAACGCUGGAGAAAAGCAACAAACGACUGCGAUGAUGAAGUAA